AUGUCGACGUACGGCGGCACGACGAGCAAUGGCGAGAAGACCUACGAGGACCAGCCCCCGCAACCGAUGGAGAUCUCGACGGACUUCGAGGCGCACGGCGGUACUUUGGAGAUGCCCGUGCGCUGCAUCCGCGACGGCAAGCCGCGGGCCGUGCUGCUGGCGGCGGCGCUCUGCGGCAUCGCCGUCGUCCUGACCGUCGCGUACCGCGCGACGGCGUCGCGCGUCCACGGCGCGGUGUCGGAGCCGCUGGCGCCGAACUCCGCGGCGGCGACGCCGCGGCCGACGCCGCGGCCGACGGCGGCCGCCGCCGCGGCCGCGGCCGCGGCCGAGCCGCCCGCGCCGACGCCGCGGCCCGUCGGCUCCUCCGGGAGCGCGCGCACCUUCUACGUCGACGUCGCCGGCUCCGACGCGGGCGCCGGCACGGCGUCGCGCCCCUUCGCGACGGCGCGCGCCGCCGUCAGGGCGUCGCGCGCGUCGCUCGCCGCCGGCGCGCCCUCGAGCGAGAUCGCCUUCGGCGCGGGCAUCCACUACGUCUCCGAGCCCAUCGCCCUCGGUGCGGGCGACGGCGGGACGACGCUCCGCGGCGACGACGGCGCGUGGCUCAGCGGCGGGCUGCCCAUCAACGCGACCUGCUGGCAGCUCGUGCUCUACAAGCACCCGGUCUACAGCGCCAUCUGGGCCGCGCAGACGACGGACAUCGAGGGCGACAAGGCGGAGCUCCACGCGCAGUCGUCGACGCAGCUCACGUUCCUCUGGAAGUGCGACCUGCGGGCCGCGCUCGGCGGCGCGGACCCGCCGGCCACCGUGGACAUGCUCCGCGUCGGCGACGCCUACGCGUCGGCCGCGCGCUUCCCCGACGAGGGCUGGCUCUACGCGAGCGAGGUGGCCCGCGCGUCGAAAACGAAGGCGACGCUCACGACCGUCGAGCUCGUCGCGCGCGACGGGUCCUUCUACUUUGCGGGCGACCCGUCGACGUCGCUGCCCGUGGGCAUGAUGGUCGCGGGCUUCUCCUGCAGCUGCCACGUCCAGGCGCUGACGACCCCGUUCCUGGGCGCCGUCGUCGUCCAGAGCGCGAUCGUCCGCGCGAACCUGACCUUCGUGCAGGGCGGCAUGUCGACGAGCCACGGCAACUGGGACCCGGCCCUCGAGGGCGCGGACAUCCGGCGCAUCGCGACGUUCUCGCUCGAGUGCGGCUCGGGCCGCGACUGCGACGCCGACGAGCGCGCGGCGUUCGCGGGGCUCGUGGAGAAGGCCGAGCUCGACUCGGAGACGGAGCUCCGCUUCUACGUCGAGGAUUUGCGGGCGCUGAGCGAGGAGGAGUGGUGGUACGAGGCGGACCUCGAGACGCUCUUCGUCUGGCCCACGUACUCGCUGACGACGCACGCGACGCGCGUCUUCACGGGCAUGACCUGGCAGUCGGAUGUCGUCGUCCCGAUCAUCCGCGCGCCCGUCGUCGUCGACGGCGCGAGCGACGUGGAAAUCCGCGGCCUCGGCUUCGCGGACACGACGGGCCGCCGCGACACGGACUCGCGGGUGUUGCCGUCCGAGGCCGCCGUCGACGAGGACGCGUCGGUCCACGUGCGGAGCGGCGCGCGCGUUUCCGUCGCCGGCUGCCGCUUCGACCUCCUCGCCGGCGCGGGCGUGCGCGUCCACGCGGCCGCGGAGGACGUCGCCGUCUCCGACUCGACCUUCGUGCUCGCGAAGCAGCCCGUGGCGACGCUCGAGGGGAGCCUCGGCGCCGCGCCGACGCUGCCCUGCCUCAGCCGCCAGGACGCGCUCGACGCGGGCGGCUUCUUCGACGACGUCGGCCCCUACGUCAUGGCCGCGACGCGGCUCCCCUACGGCGACGACGAGGUCUGCGCCGCCGCGUGCGACGCGACGCGCCUCUGGCGCGCGACGCAGUCCACGGGCGCCGUCGUCGGGCUCGCGUCCUGUUAA